CCAUGGAUCCCGCCAUCGACGAACGCUGGCCGACCGCCCGCUCGUGCUGCCGACCACCCGGGUCUACAACAUCUCUCCCUCCUCGUCCAUGCUUCCAAGGCCACACCAUCUCAUCGAAUUAAUCCCAGAACACUCCGAUUGGCAUGGGCCCGGAUAAUCCAAAACCAUCCCGCUCGCGAUUCGGACAAGGGGCUAGCGUGCAACUACGCCGAGUCCUCGCAGCCCACCUGGGUCCAGCGGAUUGAGAAAAUCGAAAAGGCCAACGAGUCUCCCGCUAUACUCACUUCAGUCCAGGGAGCUUCACCGAGCGCCCCAGUCUCGAUUGCGGCAUCGCAGCCUGUUGACCAACACCCUCAGGGAUCGCGCGAUCCAUCUCCCCGCGAACUCCUUGCAGUGAAUAGCAUUCAAUCAUCAUUGCCAUCGCUUGAGUGGUACGACUCAUGGAGUUGUCGGUAUGACAUUCUGCUAACACAGAACAGGCUGACUGCUCGACAUCUGCCCAGUUCGUGGAAAAUCGGGCUUUUGGUGGAGGAAUAUUUCAAUAAUAUUCAUCCUCUACGCUGCUUUGCUUUCAUUCAUAAACCAUCCUUCCUCCAGCGCUUAGACGGGGAGCUCUCCAUCAAAUAUCAGACCCACGCCUUGUUGCACAUUAUCUGUGCCCUAGGUGCUCAGUUCUAUGCACUUGCCUACAGUGAAACGGUGGCCCGUCUCCCGUCAAAGUUUGUCUUGCUCGCAGGGGGCGAAUGGGCCAAGAUCUCGCAGCGACUGAUCCUUGAGGCUAUAGACACAGUCACCAUCGAGAACCUCAUGGCUGCGGUUCUGCUUCAUGACUAUGCAGUCCGCAUGGGCAACUUUGCCAACGCAUUCAUGCUGAGUGGACUCAUCACUCGCAUGACGCAGGCCCUUCAAAUCAACUUGGAAUAUAAUACAGAUCUGCUCUGUCAAGAUGCUGAAACCGGUCCAUCUGCUACAGACAAAGAGUCUCGACGACGAUUGAUGUGGAGUUGCUACGUGAUGGACGCUCUCGUGGGGAGCGGGGUUGACCAGCUCACACUGGUAGAAGAACGAGAUAUGAAAAUCCAGCUGCCCUGCAACGAACGAAAUUUUCUCCAGCAACGGCCAUGCCUUACGGAAACAUUAGAGCCUGGAAAUUGGUUGAAAUUCAUUCCUGGGGAACUGGACACGGACACCAUUCUGCCUAACAUGGGCAUCAUGGCCUAUUUUAUUCGGCACAUAUCCAUUCGCAAACGAGUUUUGAGGUACAUCAAACAUCUCGGCGACGCCAAGGUUCCGUGGGACCCGGACUCGGAAUUCGCGAAGCUGGAUGCGGAUUGCCGCGCGUGGUACGAGUCUCUUCCAGCCAGUCUACAAUUUAUGCCGGAUGCAAUCUAUAUUCGAAAAGACUCCUCUCAGCUGGGAGCUCUCUGCGAGCCCCCCGCUCUUUACAAACUUCGGGCUGCUUUUGAUUUCCCACCAGAACAACAGGGAUUUCUACGUCAUUUGCAACAAGUUCUCUUUGACGCAGCGAGAACGCUGGCGUCAAUCAUUGGCGAGACUAUGCGUCACGACUCCCGGAUGCUGGCGGAUUCGUGGCUGCCAACCAUUGCUUAUGAUAGUUGUCGGAUCAUGGUCUACCACUUGACUCAAAUCCUGGACCCUCGCAUCGAGAGUACCAGACUAAUAAUGAGACAAACAGUUCCACUACUGCAAAGCAACAUAACAGCUCUAAAGGUGAUGGGAAACAUAAGCGGUAUAGCGGACUCGCUGUGUUCAGCAGCAGAAACUAUGCUCAACAGAUCCAGGAUUGAAUCCGAAGCGAUCACACAGAAUAUCGUCCCCGAUGAUCCAUAUCCGACCCAAGAGGGAGAUGAUCCAAGCGAAAGCCUCCCCGGCACCCCGGUUCAAAGUGCCCCAGACUACGUGCUCAAUCCGUUAUCGAUAUUUCGGAUGGCGCGCAAGUCUAUCCCCGAGCGACAUGCGCCUGAAAAGGCCGGCACUUCAUCUGCGCCCAACAGUGUGCUCCCGGAGUCUACUGCUGAUCCGGAUCAUCCACGCGAAGGUUCCAUCGAAGGCGGAUGUGGGCAAAGCAUCUCGAAUGAACCUGAAUUUGGCCAAGCAAGUCUUGAAGAGCUUCAGACACUCUUCAUGUCGGAUCUGGGAUGGGCGUGGCAACCGGCUGAAACUGCCGUUGGAUCGGGCAUCGAGGCAGCUGGUCUGCUUCCGUGGGCGGGAGGAUACCAGAUCACCCAGGCGGAGCCAUGGCUACCGGUAUUCCCAUUUGCGCAGCAGGAUUAA